AUGGCAAGAUCAUCGUCCAAUGGAGAUUCAGAUGAAACCAUCAGGUCGAGGAGCAAGAGAGCUCGUGAAGAUGAAAGAGACUUUAACUUCGAUGCUCUUAUUGGAGUAGAAGAGGAAGAGGAAGAGCCAAAUAAUGAACCACAAGUACAUGAACAGCAGGAAGGGUCUCAUGUUGUCGUAACCCUAAACGAUCCAGAAUUAUUUGAUUGCCCUAUUUGCUAUGAACCCUUGACCAUCCCUGUCUACCAAUGUGACCAAAAUGGCCACAUAGCUUGCUUCUCCUGCCGCACCAAAAUUAACAACAAAUGUCCCUCCUGUUCUAAUUUCAUCGGGUUCAAUCGUUGCCGAGCAAUCGAGAAGGCUCUCGAAUCAAUCACAACAUCCUGCCAAAACUUGCAGUAUGGAUGCAAAAAAUCUUUGACUUUCGAUAAGAAAGGUCCACAUCAAAAGGCAUGUGUGUAUUCACCUUGCUCUUGCCCCCGUUUAUAUUGCAACUUUGUCUCUUCAGCCAAGCAGGUAUACCGACACUUCACCAGUAGCCAUGAGAUUUCCGCAGCAACACGAUUCAAGUUCAACAACAGUUUUCCUGUUUUACUAAAUGCCGGCAACAACUUUCGUGUUCUUCAAGAAAAAAAUGAUGGUACAUUAUUUAUCCUCAAGAACCAUUAUGUUGAAGGUCUAGGAAAUUUAGUGACAAUUAGUUGUAUACAACCUGUCUUCAUGAGGGGCUUCUUCUAUGAGCUUGUUACGAAAGCGAAGGAAGAUUCUCUCAGAUUGCACUCUUUCACAAGGAGCACUCCAAGCCGGCAGGUACUUGAUGACGGCCCUCCUAAAACCGGGGUUCUUUUAAUAACAUGUGAUUUUAUCACUUCUGAUGGACAGCUCAAGAUGGAUAUCUGCAUAUGGCCUAAACUUUCCAGUAUUCUACGAAAUUAG